AUGGCUGAGGAAGUGCUUUCGGAUUAUCUGGACAAGGCGGGCUUUGGGGAUGUCUCUGUUUCAGACAACCUGGGAUGGCGCGGGCCCAAGUCACAUUCCACAGAACCACUGAAAAAUGGGACAGUCGGCUUGUGGCCUUCGUCUACCGCCAAUGUCGCAUGGGCAUCCUUACCUAGUGCUGCAGAAGCCUCCAUACCGGAGCUGGCCCAGGUUGGAGACAAGCAAAUAUCGCCAACAUCCUCUUACUACUGGAGUGCAUAUCAAUUCCUUCCUGCACCCACGUCGUCCUCAUCUCUGCACCAAAUUACUCGUUCUCCAUCAGUGAUCCAGGAGGAACCGAAAAUCGAAAGUACCUCGGAGACUCAACUGUUGAAUCCGGAAGGGCUGGAAGGGACUUCGGAAAGCAGCAACUCCAGCCCCUUCAUCAUCCAGGAAUCAGAUUCACUAGAAGGCCUAUCAGAUGAGGAGACAACUGAUACUGAGGAUCAUGGGGAGGAUGGGGAGUCGGAAUCAACUGAUCACCGGAGUGUUAUCCUGCACCUAAUCUCCCAACUUAGAUUCGGGAUGGACCUCACCAAAGUUGUGUUUCCCACCUUCAUCCUGGAGAAGAGGUCCCUCCUGGAAAUGUUUGCUAACUUCAUGGCCCAUCCAGACCUGCUCUUGUCCAUAGGGUCCGGGGCGACUCCCGAGGACAGAGCCAUCUCUUUUGUGGAGUAUUACCUGACGUCUUUCCAUGAGGGCCGCAAAGGCUCGGUGGCCAAGAAGCCCUACAACCCCAUCAUAGGGGAGACGUUUCUCUGCUCCUGGGACGUCCCCCAGGACCGCAUCAGGCCCUUACAAAGAGAGAAAAUCAUGGAACCUGAGGCGGAGGCUAAGGCUAAAGCCGAGGCUGAGGCUGAGGCCGUGGUGAAGGCUGAGGCUGAGCCAGAACUAUACAAGUUGAGGUUUGUGGCUGAGCAGGUGUCCCAUCAUCCCCCAGUGUCCUGUUUUUACUGUGAGUGCAAGGAGAAAGGAUUAUUUGUGAAUACUCACGUAUGGACCAAAAGCAAGUUCAUGGGCAUGUCUGUAGGGGUGUCCUUGAUUGGGGAAGGCACUCUGCGGCUUACCGACUAUGAGGAGGACUAUGUUUUCACGCUGCCCAGUGCUUACGCCCGCUCCAUUCUGACCAUCCCGUGGGUGGAGCUUGGCGGCAAAGUCACCAUGAACUGUGCCAAGACCGGUUACUCGGCGCUGGUGGUCUUCCACACCAAGCCUUUCUACGGAGGGAAGGUCCACAGAGUCACAGCAGAAGUGAAGCACGAUCCCACCAACACCAUUGUGUGCAAGGCCCAGGGCGAGUGGAAUGGCAUCUUGGAAUUUACAUAUAGCAGUGGACAAACCAAAGUGGUCAACACGGCCACAUUGCCCGUCUACCCAAAGAAGAUUCGGCCCAUUGAUAAGCAAGGACCCAUGGAAUCCAGGAACCUCUGGAGAGACGUCACGAGCUGCAUGAGGGAGGGCAAUAUGAGCCUGGCCACCGAGUUCAAGAGGCACCUGGAGGACCAGCAGCGCAAGGAUGAGCAGAAUCGGGCUGAGCUCAAAGUGGAGUGGCAGCCCAAGUAUUUUAGGAAGGAGGGUAAUGGCUGGGUGUUUGCGAAACAUCUGUGGACAGCCCAAUGACGAGGAUAAAACGCAGUGUUCUCCAAGAUAGAGCUGCCUUUAUGGGCAUUAAAAUGGUGCCAUAUAUGAGGUUCAGGGGGAUUGGCCAAGUCCUACUGGGAUGUUCAAAUGUUCUUUGGAUUUUUUUUUUUUAAAGGACAGAACAGUCGUGUAUUCUGAGUGACACCCCUCCAGAGUCUAGCUGAAUCCUCAAGUCACACGUGUAAAGAUGUGUGAGUGCGUGUUCAGUGUGGAUGGGUGUGUAAGCGCCGUGUCUGUGGUUUACACACACACAAACACACACACACACACAGGCAGAGACCAGGCAUGACGAUUACCCUGGUAAAAAUGAACUGCCGAUGAUCGCGAGGACUUUUGUAUAAAUGAGGGUCGACUUUUUCUAUUUUUCCCUUUGCUCAAAGUUUUGUGCACUUAAAAUGGGAUUCCUUCCUGGCGUGUCCCAAGGAAGGUGAAUGGAUUCUGUCCAGCUGGCCACGCCACAUCCAUUUGGUCCGUAGAGCAUCUCAUUCUUUUGGGGUGGGGCAGAGGGGGUGAUGGGAACUGUGGCUUCUCCCCUACUUCCAAACUGAAUAAGUAACCCGGUCCUUUGACCCUGACCCUUCUCUUGGGUCCUGGCUGUUGAGCUCCUGUGGUGGGCGCCUUCCAAAGAAUGGUUUCCAUGGCAUGUUUCCAUGAUGGCAGCCACUGGGGUUGUCUCAGAAGAGCCCUCUGAGAAAGAAAGCUCUGCUUGCUAGCAGAGCGCUUGGGGAGAGGGGAGAUGGGCCCGGUGCUUCUAGGUGGGCAGUCAAGCAGGGUUUGGUGCAAGCCCCCUUUUCCUCCAUUCUUGAGCACCCAUUGGAGGGUGGAUUUCCCCCCUGCCUGUCCGAUUUAGUUUUUUGACAUUUUUCUCACCAUAGAAACCAAGUCUAACCCUUUUUAGAUGCCAUUUUGCCAGUGGAAACAUAAGCCUUUGGAAACAAUUCCUUUUGUGAUUUGAAAAAAGGGGC